GUCUUCCUUAGCAUGUUUAAAAUUUCCAUGAGGGUCCCUCCCCCCUCCUCUGCGUUUAUAGCGCGCUCUCGGACAUCCAAGCGCUCAAAGUGAGACAGAUGUCAAGCGGACUUCACUGAGGACUCCACCUGUUUCUAAGGCUGCUGUGGCCAUGAACACUCUUCCUGAAAAAGGAUGACAUCUAAAUGUCAGUCUUCAGAUGUCCUGUCGCAAAACCUGACUGCUGGAACCAUGAUGUGGGAGUCGAACCUCUCCAAAUCUUCACAGGACGGCGUUGGCAAAAGCGCCAGCUGUGGCUCUGUGUCCGUGUUUUUUCCCAUCACUAUGAUGGUCACUGGAAUGGUCGGAAACUCUCUCGCGAUGCUCCUAGUUUAUAGUGCGUACAGAAAAAAAGAAAAUAAAAGAAAGAAAUCGUUUCUGCUUUGCAUCGGCUCUUUGGCGUUAACUGAUCUUUUCGGCCAACUGCUCACAAGUCCGAUUGUCAUUUCGGUGUACAGAGCAGAUCUGAAAUGGAAACGCGUGGACCCUUCGGGAACUCUGUGCGCUUUCUUUGGAGUGUGCAUGACCACUUUUGGCUUGUGUCCACUCUUUUUAGCCAGUGCCAUGGCCAUUGAGAGGGCCUUGGCCAUCACUGCUCCUCACUGGUACUCACAAUACAUGAAUACCAACGUGACCAAGCAGGUUCUGGUCAUCAUCUGGUUCCUGGUUUUACUGUUUGCCUUAUUACCCAUCGCUGGCGUUGGAAAGUAUACUUUACAGUGGCCAGGAACUUGGUGCUUCAUAACUACAGGUGACAAGGACGUUACGGGAAAUACAUUUUUUGCCACGACUUUUGCGGCACUGGGGAUAUUUUCUUUGCUGGUCACGUUGUCGUGUAAUGUUGUGACCAUCCGUGCUUUGGUUACACGUUGCAAAACGAAGGCAACCUCGACCCAGUCAUCCAAGCAAUGGGAGAGGUUAACAACAGAGACUGUUAUUCAGUUGAUGGGCAUUAUGUGUGUGCUGUUGACAUGCUGGUCACCUCUACUGGUCCUUAUGUUAAAGAUGAUCUCUACCCACACAUCCUCGCAUCAGUGCAAUUCUGCUGCUGUGUCUCUCUCAUCCCAGGACUUACAGAUGGACUGUAACUUCUUUCUCACAGUCAUACGCCUGGCUUCGCUCAAUCAGAUUCUGGAUCCAUGGGUUUACCUGCUCCUGAGAGAGAUUCUUCUGAGGAAGUUCUGCCAGGUGGCCAGCGCAGUAUCCAAGUGCUCACUGGAUGUGCAGAAGGAAACCCAGUGUCCUCUAGACACCCUAAAUAAAAAGGCCAUUCAGAAUGACAAUGUUCACAAACAGUCCCUUAACAUGGAGAACAGUAACUUGAAUGGGGGAAAUGAGGAACAGUGACUUGAUAGUGGUACAAAAAUAAUAGAAUAAUAAUGAGCUAAAAUGUUAAAGAUGUAUUUGUGUUGUAUUGAUGUAGGGUGAUGUCAGCAUGCUACAGUGCAAGCGCGUCACACUUGUGUUGUUUUCAGUCAAAGCGAUUUUGUUCAUGGUUUCUCAGCAACCUUUGAAAUGUAACAAAAUGCCAAGACCUUAAAAUAAUUACAUAUGCAGGGUUCCCACACUGUCACGGAAUAAUCUGAAAAUAUCACGCUUUUUACAAAUGGAAAUGAAUUGUUCGAAAGGUGUGGGAAUCCUGCAUAUACAAAAGCAAUAUUAGCAACAAAACAGAUUUGGAUAAACAAAAGUGAAAUCAUAAACUGAAGUUUGCCAGCUCCCAUGGAGACUGAUUAUUUUAGACUACAUUCGGUGUUGUUACUAUAUAGCAAAAUCCUAUGAUUCACCUGCCAACUGCACGUAAAUAAUGAAGGAAUAUUUCUUGAUGCUAAUUUAUGAUCUGUUAUAUAACAUUUCAGAGCUGUUUACUGUGCAGGAAAGCACUGAAUGGUCUCAAAUAUUUUUCUCUAAACUCCUCAUCCUCAUGGCUCUAUGCCAAGCCUGCAGAGCUCUUUUUGAUGCUGAUAACUGUAACAUUGAGCACGUUUAAUUGAAUUCCAUGCUUGAGUUUUUCAUUAGAUUCCUGAGGGAAGUAAAUGUAAAAGUGCAAACUAAUUUAAUUGUUUAGUGAGACACUUUCUGGCAUUGGAACAGUCCAUUCAGAUUUCAUUUUGAGUGCCUCAAGGUCCUGCAUCUUGUUAUGUGCAGUGUUCUUGAUCAUAUCAAUUACCAUCAUAAACCAAAAGACUUUAAAAAUUCAAAAGGAAGGCAAUUUCAACAGAUGAUGAUUAGUCAUUCAUGGAAAUUGCUAUUUCAUACCAAUUGCUGUCAUGAGGCCAUUAAAGCAUUUUUCUGUUCUUAUUUUGCAUCCUUUUGCAUUUUUACUUGAGAAACAUUUAAUGACCGGUAUGACUGGGACAGAUAUGUCAUAUUAUUAUUGGCUGAUAAGGCUGCAUGCAGUAAUUUUAACUGAACAUACAUAAAGUAUUAGCAAGGAUGAUUGAAGUUGUUCUUCUAAUUGGGCCAUUCAGUUGCAUAUAUGUAAUUAUACAUCUUACUAUGUUUGACUAAACAUCUUAGCAUAUUAUAUUUUUGCACUGUGCAGUUGGUUAUUGUUAUAGAAAAGACCCAUGGAUCAUCAUUUAUGCUACACAGCAGGUUGUUCAUGACUCUGCAAAUACAUUUGUGAUAUAUUAUACAAUAUUAGAAGGAAAAUUGUAACUAAAGAAUAAUUAUGAUCAAUGAUUGAAGAAAAAUAUAGUCAAAAAUAAUGUUAACCUAAAUAUAUUUGCGCCAAUGAUUUUACACCAAGAAAAUGAGCAAGGAAGGUGCAAAAGCAGAAAAAAGAGAGAGGCAAGGUAAUGUAUUUUCCUGGAGGUGAGAGCUCUAUGAAAUCAGUGGAAUUGCAAAAAAAUUGCUAGUUUUCUGUUUCCACCAAAAAAGGGCUUUUGAUGUUCGAUGUAAAUAAUAACCUCAACAUCAGUGAAAACUGUGAUUUCUGAUUGCUGUGGAAAUGAUGGGAUUUGCAAAAGUGCACAGAUGUCACAAGGAACAAAAAUACUUUUGUAAAUGGAUUUAACAUUCUGCAUAUGCUCUCAGGCAGCAAUUACAGAGUAAAAUUAAUGAAACUGACAUGGGAUUUAAUUAAUAGUGAAAUGAACGUGGCUCAUGCUGCAUUGUCAGACACCUAGCCAUGCUUAACUUGCCAUUGUCCGCUUGGGUAACUGCUGAAUAUAGUGCAAUGGAAAAUUUAAUUAUUGCAUAAUAUUUAAUUGCGAAAUUAAAAGAUCCAGUGUAUCCAAUACCAAAGCAGGUCUUCUGUCAGCUCACUGGUGCAUUGAGCUGAAAAAGAGUGUAUGAAUAUGAAGGAUUCUUAUUUACUCCACAGUAGUACAGCACCAAAGCUGUUCUGAGUAUUGUAUUUCUGUUUCCAAAGGCAUCUUAUUGGAGUUUCUUUCAUAUAGAAAAGUGUAUUCAUUAUAUUUUUCUCAUCAUAUACUCGCCCUUACAAACCCAUUUGGUUUUAUUUUUGAAGGAGAGCUUUCAAGGUUCAAGUAAAAGCACCAUAAAAGCAAAAACCCAUCUGUUCAUCACAAUAAGCUAAUGUAUGGCUUCAGAGGAAAUGCAUAUAUUAAUGCAAACAUUGUAUAUAAAAUAUUUAAUUAAUGCAAACAUUGUAUGGACUGCUUUCAUGUUGCUUCUGAAUCUCUUUUAAAGCUCCAGUCCCUCUUCUUUGUAAUUGCAUGGGAAAAAAAAACAUCCAUUCAUCUAUUUUCCAAACUGCUGUUGUAUCACCAGAGGAAAAAGAAAGUCAUAUGAGUGUGGAAUUGAUUUUUUCUUGUUAAUGUACUAUUUAAUACAAAGACUUUCAUAUAUCUUCAGUACAUUUUUUCACCAAUGUAAGUGAAACCACAGAGCACCAUUGAUUUAUCUGUAAUCAUAAUUCAUAAUAUAUGUACAGGUAAUAAGAGCUGCCAAGUAAUGUUUGCAUGUGAAGCCACCAGCAAAUGAUUUUAGAUCAAACCCACCUGUGAAUGUCCUAAUGCCAGAUGCCAAAUCAUAGAUGCCACUAAAUGUGGCAAGUCUGCAUUACAAACAACAGGGUUUCAAGAAUGUAUUUCGAGUUUUACAUUUACUCAUCGUGUAAGACAACGCAUACAGCUCUGGGACUCCGUUCACAGCUAGAGCUGUCAUUAGGCUUGUAUCAACAGAUGGUCGUUGUGCUGCUUGUGUGUUUUUGAUAAGAAAUGUUUGCAUAUGCUUGCAACUGUUUGACAUGUCUACUAACUGCUCUAAUGUGCUUGCCUUGUAAUGGUGCUUCUAAAGUGUAUCAUUAUUUGAUUCUAUGCUGCUUGUGAUUUCCAUUGCACCGGGAUGGACUGGGUUUCAUGCCAUUAUUAUAAUUUAAUCUGGUAGGGGGUUGGGGUAUACCAAAGUGCUUUUGAAAUAGUAAACACCCCCAUCCACAUUUUGCACAAGUGGUUUAAAAUGAUUGCCAUAUUUUCCAUCAGUUGUGUUACUGAAGAAUUAUAUCAAAUGACUGUUUUGUCCAGAUCAUGUUCUCAUUAUAUAACUUCUAAUACAUAACCAGUCACUGAUUGUCAGUAGAUACAUGAAUUAUCAUAGAUGUUAUUUUGCUUAAAGGAAGAUGUCUUUUUAUUUCCAGUCCAUCUACAUAUUAACAUUGCAAAACAUUGUGAAAAAAAAAACAUUGUAAAAAAAAAAAAAAAAAAAAAAAAA